GACUGACAAUCACCAAGCUUACAUACCCAAAGGAUAAACAUGGAACUUACCAGAAUCCUCGAGGCAACCGCCUUUAUGAUCGCGUGGACUGGGGCUGCCACGGGCCACGCCGACAGCAGCACGUAACCACAUGGUGUCUCGCUCGACGACGCG